ACCGCGAAAGGCAGACCUCACGAUCGGUGCCGUUUUGUUCCACGAUCACUAGUUUCACUCACUCUCCCUCUCCGCGCGGUGGACUUUCUUUGCGCUUCUCUGCUCUGUGUUCGAUGAGGGCACACAAGCUCCAACUGUCCGAGUUUAUUUUUUCGAACGAACCGGAAGGCACGCCGGAACUACCGGCCGCCAAUCGAGCGCUAUUCCUGGAGAAAGUGCGCCAAUCAAAUACUGCCUGCCAAAAUGGGGAUUUCACCACGGCAGUGCAGCUCUACACAGACGCGCUGGCUUUGGACCCCAGCAAUCACAUACUCUUCAGUAAUCGCUCGGCAGCCCGACUCAAGCAGGGUCAGUUUGCGCUGGCCCUGCAAGAUGCUACUAGGGCCAGAGAACUUUGCCCUCAGUGGCCGAAGGCCUACUUUCGACAAGGCGUUGCGCUGCAGUGUCUUGGACGGUACGGUGAAGCACUGGCAGCGUUCAGCUCGGGUCUCGCCCAGGACGCUAACUCGAAGCAACUACUUGCGGGACUUGUGGAAGCCUCGAUCAAGAGCCCGUUACGUCAUGCGCUCGAGCCAACCUUCCAACAGUUGAAAGCCAUGAAACUAGAUCAAUCGCCAUUCGUUGUGAUAUCAGUGGUGGGACAGGAAUUACUUGGUGCCGGGCAGUAUCAUUCGGCGGUUACAGUGCUAGAAUCGGCCCUCCGGAUAGGGUCGUGUUCCCUCAAGUUACGAGGGUCAGUGUUCAGUGCUCUCAGUUCAGCCCAUUGGGCACUAAAUCAGUUAGACAAAGCAAUCGCGUACAUGCAACAGGACUUGGCUGUUGCAAAGAGUCUUGGUGAUACCGCGGGUGAGUGUCGUGCGCACGGGAAUCUUGGCUCGGCUUACUUCAGUCAGGGAUCUUACAAAGGUUUAACAUCUCAUCGCUAUCAACUCGUUUUGGCGAUGAAGUGCAAGGAUACACAAGCUGCUGCGGCAGCUCUGACAUCUUUAGGACACGUUUACACAGCCAUUGGUGAUUAUCCAAAUGCAUUGGCAUCACACAAACAGUGCGUUCAACUCGUAAAGCAAAUGGGAGAUCGUCUCCAAGAAGCCCGUGAAAUAGGAAACGUCGGGGCAGUAUACUUAGCGAUGGGUGAAUUCGAUUCUGCUGUGGACUGCCAUACGCAACAUCUUCGUCUCGCACGGAAGCUUGGUAACCAAGUCGAAGAAGCUCGUGCUUACAGCAAUCUUGGAUCCAGCUAUCACUACAAGCGGAACUUCACUCAAGCGAUCACCUACCACGAAAACGUCCUUCGAAUAGCCCAACAACUUGGAGAUCGUGCAAUUGAGGCUCGCGCGUAUGCCGGCCUUGGUCACGCUGCCCGUUGUGGACAUGAUUUUCAUCAGGCGAAACGAUGGCAUGAAAAACAACUUGAAAUGGCUUUAGCAGCUCGAGACAAAGUCGGAGAAGGCCGCGCCUGUUCAAAUCUGGGUAUUGUGUACCAACUUCUCGGUGAGCACGACGCAGCAUUGAAACUUCAUCAAGCCCAUCUCACUAUCGCCCGCCAACUGCAAGACAAAGCAGGAAUGGGGCGAGCCUAUGGCAAUAUCGGUAACGCAUAUUCCGCUGCCGGAUUCUACGAACAAGCCAUCAAAUAUCAUAAACAAGAAUUGAUCAUCAGUAAGGAAGUGCAUGAUCGUAGCGCUGAAGCCUCCACUCAUGGAAACCUGGCGGUAGCCUACCAGGCGCUAGGAGCUCAUGAUAUGGCCCUGAUGCACUACCGAGCCCAUCUUAACAUAGCUCGCGAACUGAAGGAUACCGCUGGUGAAGCCUGCGCUCUUCUCAACCUCGGAAACUGCUUAAGCUCUCGUCAAGAAUUCGCCCAAGCAGUUCCCUACUAUGAACAAUACCUAAUGUUGUCCCAAGAGCUCGGGGACGUCGCAGCCGAAGGUAAGGCUUGCCACUUUCUCGGAUAUGCUCACUAUUGUAUCGGGAACUACCGCGAAGCAGUACGCUACUAUGAUCAAGACCUAGCGCUGGCCAAGGACCUCCAGAACAAAAUGAACAUGGGUCGAGCCUAUUGUAACCUCGGGCUGGCCCAUCUAGCACUCGGAAAUACGGCAGGCGCUCUUGAGUGUCAAAAAUACUUCCUGGCGAUAGCUCAUAUGACCAAUCAUCUACCUGGCAAGUUCCGUGCUUUGGGGAAUAUUGGUGAUGUCCUGAUUCGAAUGGGCGACGUAGACGAAGCAAUCAAAAUGUAUCAACGCCAACUAUCGCUCGCAAGGCAAGCCAGAGAACGUGGAAUGGAGGCUGCCGCUUGUGGAGCACUUGGUUUGGCACAUCGACUACUGAAGAAGUUUGACAAAGCCUUAGGAUACCACACUCAAGAACUGACGCUGAGACAAGAAAUGGGCGAUCUGCCCGGUGAGUGUCGAGCGCACGGCCAUCUGGGAGCGGUUCAUAUGGCACUCGGAAAUUAUACGCAUGCUGUCAAGUGCUACCAAGAGCAGCUGGAAAGGGCACAAGAAUUGCAGGACUCGGCAGUGGAGGCACAAGCUUUUGGAAACCUCGGAAUUGCCCGAUUGAAUAUGGGCCACUACGAAGACGCUAUCGGUUAUCUAGAGCAACAGUUGGGGACGUUGGAGCAAGUAAACACGCCUACAGCUCAGCACGAUCGAGCCCGAGCACUCGGGCAUUUGGGGGAUUGUUACGACGCGCUGGGUGAUUAUCACGCAGAAGCAAUCAAGUGCCACGAACGACAUUUAGCGUUAGCCAUCGCGUUGCAGAGCCCACGAGAUCAGGAACGUGCCUAUCGUGGUUUGGGAAAUUGUUACAAGUCGGUUGGUAAUCUACAGGAAGCUUUAGUGUGUUUAGAGAAGAGACUGGUAGUGUCCCACGAGUUGGGUAAUCCGGAAGCGAAAGCCGCUGCGUACGGUGAUUUGGGAAGUAUUCAUAGUGCCCUCGGUAAUUACGAACAAGCGAUUAAUUGUUUAGAGCAUCAGAGGGAUAUCGCGCGAGAGCUGGGUGAUCGAGCGUUAACCUCAGACGCGAUAAGUGGCUUGGGAGGAGUGUUUCAACAAAUGGGAGACUACGAGGGGUCUCUGCGGUUGCACAAACAAGACUUGGACUUAUGUGAAAAUAUGGGGCAUGCGGCUUUGCAGGCAAGAUCUUGUGGUAAUCUGGGAUCAGUGUACGAAUCGCUGAAGAACUACGCCGAAUCAGUGCGAUAUUUUGAAAAACAAUUAUCUCUGACGACGGAUCGACUGACAAAAGCUCACGCUUGCUUAUCGUUGGGCCGAGUUUACCACACCAUGGAGCAGGUGGUACAAGCAGUCAGUUUUCUCCGUCAAGGUCUGGCGAUUGUUCAGUCCCUCAAUAAACUUGAAGAUGAAGCGAAAAUUCGUUACCGCUUGGGUCUCUCACUGCUUGCAUCAGGAGAUGAAGACAAUUCCCGACAGCAGAUGGAAAGUGCUGCACAGAUCUUAGAAUCCAUCAGAAGUGAUCAAGUUACUCCAGAAGCAAGGACCAAUUUGUACGAUCUACAGACGUCCUGUUAUCAAACAUUGCAAAGAAUAUUGGUUAAUUUGGGACGGAACGAAGAGGCUUUAGUGGCGGCCGAGCGUUGCAGAUCUCGGAUGGGUGCAGACUCGAACCAAAGUGCGAAGAAUUCAUUGAACAAUCGAAAAACACUGCUCACUUGCAGCGAGUACAUCUUUGACACAGUCAACAAGAGCAAGACCAACGUAAUCUACUACAGCUUGGCGGGUAGUGAGCUAUUUGCGUGGUUCCUGUCGCCGCAAAAGAGGAUCGUUCGAUUCCACGUAGCGAAGGUUGAUGAACAGUCGUUGCAGAUGAAGAAGAAACCCGCUGGUGGUGAAAAUGGAGAAAUAAAUGGAAGCCUAUUGGAUCAGUAUAUUAAUUUCGUGCGGGAUAGUUUGGGUGUGAACUCCGGCAGUGUACUACAGGAAGGUGACGGAAGUGGUUGGAAGUCAUCGAACGAAAACCUGAUUGACGAUUUUUCCAACGAGAGGGCUGGUUUCCUGAGAAUGGUGAACAGAAACCAUCUGCUCAACUCGAGUAAUUACUCUCUAAGCUCGUUGUUCAGCUUAGGAAGCGUUGGUGGAUCGGUGGCCAGUUUGCAAGGAUCUACCAGAUCCAUCGGAAGCCUUCAGGGUUCAACGAGAUCUCGACGAUCCAAUAUGCUACCACCAUGGCAAGGGCCUUCUUGCCUCCACGUACUCUACAAUUUAUUGUUGGCGCCAUUUGAAGAUCUACUGCCGGAUAUCAGUACCACAUCCCGAAUCGGUCGCCGUGAGUUGAUCUUGGUUUUGGAAAAAGAGCUUUACUUAGUACCAUUUGCAAUUCUUCGAAGCGGUGAUGAGUCUGGAGAAUAUCUUUCGGAGCGAUGCUCAUUACUAACAGUUCCAUCAUUACAUAUUCUGCGCCAAAAAAGUCGAACCAAGACCCGAGAGCCCGCUGAAGGUCUCAACAGUGCAUUAGUCAUCGGAGGUCCCAAAAUCCCAUCAUCUCUAUCCGAAACCUGGGGUUGGAGUGAGUCACCUGCAUCGCUACAGGAAGCCGCUAUGGUUUCGGACAUGCUAAAUACGAAACCGCUGGUGUCGUGCAGUGCCACAAAAGAAACCAUCGUGUCCGAACUGACCGCGGCCGAGUGUGUCCAUUUUGCAGCAAAUGUAAGCUGGAAGUUGGGUGCAGUUAUUCUCAGUCCCGGCGAGGUCCUAGAUUCUCAAUCACAGAAGCGAUUCUAUCCGAAUUCGUCCGGAGAAAUGGAGAACGAAGACGACAACGCGGACAUGUCGUCGAACAAUAUGGAAAUCCCACCGUUGUCGGACUUUAUUCUGAGUGCCACAGACCUGCUGGCCAUGAAGCUAAGCGCCAAGUUGGUAGUGCUGAGUUCGUAUCACUCUGUUGAACCAAUCACUGGUACGGGGGUGGCCAAUCUAGCCGGAAGUUGGUUAUUCGCCGGCACUGGAGCUGUUCUGGUUUCACUCUGGCCAGUCCCAGAAACGGCAGCAAAGAUUCUACUGAGGGCUUUCUACUCAGCCUUAUUGCAGGGCACCCGGGCAGCAAAGGCAUUAGCAGAAGCCAUGCAGACCGUUCAGCAUACGAAGCACUUUGCGCAUCCGGCCAAUUGGGCAGGUUUUAUAUUAAUCGGAGGCAAUGUACGACUAUCAAAUAAGGUCGCCUUGAUCGGUCAGGCAUUGUGUGAAUUAAUGCGAACUCCGGACAAGUGCCGAGACGCUCUCCGCGUGUGUCUCCAUCUUGUAGAGAAGAGUUUGCAGCGUAUUCAUCGAGGACAGAAGAAUGCCAUGUAUACGACUCAGAAGAGCAUCGAGAACAAGGCCGGACCCGUGAUCGGAUGGAAGGAUCUUCUGAUGGCCGUCGGGUUCCGAUUUGAACCGGCGGCCAACGGAAUUCCUUCGAGCGUAUUUUUCCCACAGACGGACCCGGAAGAUCGCUUAUCGCAGUGCUCAGCAAGUUUACAAGCCCUGUUAGGCUUAUCUCCUACCACACUGCACGCGCUUUCUAAGUUGGUGAAUAAUUCGGAGAUCGCCGACGAGAUAAUCGGAGUCAUGCGAAACGUGGUGGCGCAGUUCCCAUCAAAGGGAACGAUCGACAACGAAAGCAUUGACAUCCCGUUGAGUGUUCGCUUGUGGCGAGUUUCCGGAUGCCACGAAUUGCUGGCUUCACUUGGAUUUGAUUUGAUGGAAGUUGGACAAGACCAAGUUACUCUGCGAACCGGAAAACAGGCCAACCGUCGAAAUUGUCAAUUUGUUCUGCAGUCAUUGCUUGCUUUAUUCGAUACCCAAGAGGCUCCUAAAAGCCUUGGAAUUGAAUCUAGCAGCAGCUCAGAAUCGCUGAACGAGGACGCUUCCGAUGAUCCGCAAGCCAAGGUGCCAAGCCCUACUCCAACAGCUCCGGAGCAGCAGCGUAGCGUUUCUCCAGCUGGAACGGUUAAAAGUCAGGCUAGCUACAACUUCCCGAGACCACCGUUACCUUUUCGACGGGUACCAUUCUUGAGUACUAGAAGUGCCUUCAUCUCCUAUGUUCGACGACGCGGCGAACCCGAUGGAGGACAAACGGAAACAUCUGGGCAAGUGCCUCUCGGUGGACAACAAGCUCAAGCACAAUCACAACCAACGAACAAUGCAACCAAUCUAGACUCCAGUUUGGCAAAUACGACCGAUAGCGAACUGUCCGAUGGAUACACGACUCAGCAGAUUCUCAUGAAGAGCGAUCACUUAGCCAAGGGACUUGGCUAUUCGAGUCUACGAGGAACCAUCAAGGUAUCUCGACCUGGCGGCGGUGGGGAAAGUGAUGCAGCUUUCACUCCCAGCCCGCCAGUCACAAUUCAGAAUGUAGACCCCAAUGUAUCGCUUGCUUUAGCGCACCAAACCCGUAUUCGUAAUCUGUAUACAAACAACGGCAUAGGUACCUACGGCCACGAAACGGUUCGUGAGGGUCAUCACCACCAGAACCCCAAUAUGCGAAGACCUGACAGUUCGAGUUCUGCCAGCUCGGCUACCGAUUGGGAAGGCUCCGGACAUGCAACCGUUUUACGAAGAGCCAACCAAGGUCACCACAAUUUGCCACCCCUUCCACCGCCGCGGCAAACUUUACCAAUGGUUGACAGUUUAAGACCUUUGGCACCUCUAGCGCCAGUUUACAACAACGUCAACGGUGGAGCCGUUGGAAAGACGCAAACAAACGGUAAAACCCUUAACGUACUGGAAUCGACCAGUUCGGAUUCAGAAUUUGAGCGAAGCUUUGACCUGCCUUCCAGCUCAAACGCCGCUUCGAUCAGCAGCAAGCUGACUAGUUUGGCCCACAGUUUGCAGAGUAUGCGAAGCCGUAAGUUGAAGAUGCAACCUGUGCAACAACCUCCUCCACAUGGAACUUCAACAAUAACCCGCAGCAAGAUGGUGGAUCAGUUUGCGUUCAUGGAUCGUCUUAGUUGUAGAACGGAAAUAUCUUCUUCUAGCUUAGGCAAUCAUACUGCGCCACCUAGGAAACCUCUAUCCACUCUCCCAGACGACGAGCGCACUUUGAACUUGAAUGCUAGCAAACUUUACUUCAAUCCAUCGGAGGCUGAGGUGAUUCCUCUUACUGAGACUCCGGCAGAACUUGGUCUAAAACAACCACCAACAACAAGCAUGUCAUCCAGCAUGCCCUCCACUAGUGGCACUUCUAAGGAGAAGACCAAUAGUAAGAACAUUCAAGAUUCCAUUCUACGCCAUAUGAGUCGCGAAAUGACUCCAACUAUUUCGGAAGUCUACCACGAACGAAACAUCGGUCUUGGACUUGCUCCUUCACUGUCGAAACUCCUGCUUAGCAAAAACUACGAAGACUCCCCCGAUAUCAAAUCCUCCACUGCAGCUGCCAUGCUCAACAAACCAAGUGCUCUAACAGUCGGAAACCUAGCGGAAGCAAUGAACGAGAUCGAAAUGAAUGCAACCACGUCCACUAAACUGGAGGAAGGCCAGUGUACAAUCUGCAACAGCCCAUCCGAUUUGCUAUGCGGAUGCAGCACUACAUCAACAGUAGCUGCCGUGGCCGCCAUGACCGCUGCUCUCGGAGCAACCACCAUUACCAAGAAAUCCAACUCGAAGCCCUGGCUGAGUAACGUGACGCCAAAUAUCGUGAAACCCGGGGAUCUCACCACAGCUGACAUCCUCGAACAGCAGAAACAACUGAAGUCCACGGUGAGUGGCCUAACUAGCAACAUGUCCUCGUCGACGGAGAACUCCCUAUCAACGGUUGUGAAGCGCGGCGGAAGUCCCUUCUCGGAUCUCUCGCGCCGAGAUGAAGGAGACGGACGAAGCGUAGCGGAUUCCCAGUGUUCCGGGAGUUUUAGGACCGAUAUCACCGGAUCCACGGUAACAGUCACCACCUCCAAGAGUCAACAGUCACAGAUCACGGUAGGCGGACAGUCUAGUGGGAACGGAACUCAACAAGGUGGAACCGGAAGCUUGGGGCAACAGCAACAGCAACAACAACAAGUUGCCCAAGCACAACAAGCUGCGUUGGGAGUCACGUCCGGGGCGAAUCCUAACCAGAGAAGUAAAUAUAUUAUUGACACGUAGAGCUCGAGAUGAAUAACUUUUACAUACGAUGGCCGUUGAAUUAGGGCACAGGUAAAAAAAAACUAGAUGUUAAUUAGAGCGCCAUGUAAUUAGUAGUCUUUUUCACAAGAGUUAAAACUAUGCGCACAUUUAUUUGGUCCCAUACCAAAUGCAAAGGAACAAAUAAGCAACGAGUAAAAGUUUUGUUUAUUUGAGGUAAAGGGUGAACCCCAUGUAUAAAACUAAUAAGCUUCCGAAAGGCUACGAUUGUGACAUUAUUCUUAGGUUUACCGUCCAUUUUUAGGAUUAAUUCAAUGCUCAUUUUAUUAUAAAAAUAUGUUUUAAAUCAAUGUAAGAUAGAAAUUUUAACUAGUUUUAAAGUUCUAUUAUUUUUUGAAAACAACGAACUGAUUAGGUAAUGUGGUUUUAUGCUAGCUAAAAAGUUGAAAGCCGAUUUGAGAUUAAUACGAUAGAGGUGUAAUAAAAUUGUAAUUUUUCGUCUCAAAACAGGCUUAGGACAAUGUAAAAAUAUGCCUGCCAACAAACCUUGGUAAUAAUACUCUUUUCAUAGAACUAAGCUGAACUGCAUCAAUAGAUAGUGAAUUUAUUUUAUGUUUUCAAUGCAUUUCAAAGUGUAAAUAAUCAACGUAGGUAUUCUAUGUAUGUAUAACGAGUAGCUUUCUAAUUAAUAAAAGGUUUUAUUCAAACGAAAGAAA